UUCUGUGACGUUCAAACGUUAAGAAUGCCACUGCACUUUCUCUGUCCUGCCCCAUAGGGGUGAAGCUCAGCUGCAGGGCAUCCCAGUGGGUCCCGCUGUGGUUCAGCAUUGCAGGUAUUCUGUGUCCUUGUCCCCAGGUCCUGGUAGAGGUGGCAGCAUGGACGGGCAGGACCCAGCCCUGGGCUGUGAGCGUGAGCAGAAGGGGCAGCCAGCUUUCACCUGGGAAGUGCAGGCCAACAACAGAGCCCACCACGAGCAGCUCAGGAAGAAAUCUGCCUUCUGCGUGAGCAAGAAGAAAUACGCGGGCAAUGCCAUUAAGACGGCCAAGUACAACGUCCUCACCUUCCUCCCGCUGAACCUCUACGAGCAGUUCCACCGCAUGGCCAACGUCUACUUUGUCUUCGUCAUCCUCCUGCAGACCUUUCCUGAGAUCUCCACGCUGCCCUGGUACACUCUGCUCUUCCCCCUGAGCUGCCUUCUCACCAUCCGUGCCCUACGGGACCUGAUGGAUGACAUUGGCCGGCACCAAAGUGACAGAAACAUCAACAGCAGGCCCUGUGAGAUCCUGUCUGGGGAGAGCUUCCGCUGGCAGAAGUGGCGCGAUGUCUGCGUUGGGGACGUCGUCCGCCUGCACAAGGACAGCCUCGUCCCAGCCGACAUGCUCCUGCUGUGCAGCUCAGAGCCCAGCAGCCUCUGCUACGUGGAGACCUGUGACAUCGAUGGAGAAACAAACCUGAAGUUCAGACAAGCCCUCCUGGUCACCCACCAGGAGCUGACAAGUGAGGAGAGCUUGGCUGCCUUUGAUGGGAGAGUGACCUGCGAGGAGCCCAACAGCCGCAUGCACAGCUUCACUGGUGUGCUGCAGUGGAGAGGCGAGACGCACGCGCUCGAUGGCGACAGGAUUCUGCUGAGGGGCUGCAAACUCCGCAACACCGACACGUGUUACGGCUUGGUUCUCUAUGCAGGAUCUGAUUCUAAAAUUAUGAGGAACUGUGGGAAGAUCAAGAGGAAGAAAACCAAGCUGGACCGCAUGAUGGACCGCCUGGUGGUCAUGAUCUUUCUGGCGCUGCUGGUCACAUCGCUGUGCCUCGCCAUUGCCUCAGGGUUCUGGGCCAAGAUGUUCCAAGAGAAACACAGCUACCUCGCUGCUCUCUAUAAGCACACGACUCCUGCCAAGCAGGCUUUCUUCAGCUUCUGGGGCUUCACCAUUCUCCUGAGCGUCAUCAUACCCAUGUCCAUGUAUAUCACGUUUGAAUUCAUCUACCUGGUGAACAGCUUUUUCAUCAACUGGGAUUUGGAGAUGUAUUAUGCUGUCAAGGACAUCCCAGCCAAAGCCAGGAGCACCAGCCUCAACGAUCAGCUUGGCCAGGUGGAGUACAUCUUCUCGGACAAGACGGGCACCUUGACGCAGAACAUCAUGAGCUUCAAGAAGUGCUGCGUCAACGGGAGCAUCUACGGUUUGGACACGGGCCAUGAGAACAAACAGCCACCGGGGUUGGUGUUGACCCAGAGCUGCCAUGGGGAGAAGAUGUUGGACUCCAACAACGUGGGGCUCCGGGAAGCAGUGCAACAAAACAAGGAUCCGGUGCUGCAGGAGUUCCUGCGGCUGCUGGCCCUCUGCCACACCGUCAUGGUGGAGGAGAGGGGAGACCAACUGGUUUACCAGGCGGCUUCUCCAGAUGAGGAAGCACUGGUGCUGGCAGCCAGGAGCUUGGGUUACGUCUUCCUGUCCCGAACGCAGGACACCAUCACCAUCAGUGAGAUGGGGGUGAAGAGGACAUUCCAAGUGCUGGCCAUGCUGGAUUUCAACAGCGAUCGCAAGAGGAUGUCAGUGUUGGUGAGGGACCCACAGGGCACCAUCCGGCUCUACACCAAAGGGGCUGACACUGUGAUCCUGGAGAGGCUGCGGGGUCGGGGACCCAACCAGGACUUCACCGAGAGGGCUCUGGAUCACUUUGCAGAGGAGACCCUGAGGACGUUAUGCCUGGCCAGCAAGGAGCUGAGCGAGGCAGAGUACGAUGAGUGGAGCAGGAGGCACUGCAUGGCCAGCAUCCUGCUGCAGGGCCGGGCGUGUGAGCUGGACAGGCUGUACGAGGAGAUGGAGCAGGACCUGGAGCUGCUUGGGGUCACAGCCAUUGAGGACAAGUUGCAAGAAGGGGUCCCUGAGACCAUCCAGCUGCUGAAACUGGGCAACAUCAAAGUGUGGGUGCUGACGGGAGACAAACAAGAAACAGCAAUGAAUGUUGGCUAUGCAUGCAAGCUGCUCACGGAUGACAUGGAGAUCCUGGAGGAGAAGGAAGUGAGUGAGAUGCUCGAGGCUUACUGGGCGAGAAACAACAACGUCAGUGGCAGUGACUGUGCCUCACAGCAGCACCCAGAGCCUCUGUGCCACAAGAAGAGAGCUCUUGUCAUCAGCGGGGACUUUGUGGACACAAUCCUGCAGACAGGAGAGGUGCUACAGAAGAAGGGACAGCUGUGGCAGCACCUGGCUUGCCAUGGGACGACGGACCCCCAGGAGCAGGGCAGUGUGGUGGAGAAGGCCUUUGUGGACCUGGCCACCAGCUGCCAGGCUGUCAUCUGCUGCAGGGUCACCCCCAAGCAGAAAGCUCUCAUCGUGCAGCUGGUGAAGAAGCACAAGAAAGCCACCACGCUGGCCAUUGGGGAUGGGGCCAACGAUGUCAACAUGAUCAAAACUGCUGACAUCGGGGUGGGCAUCAGCGGGCUGGAGGGCGUGCAAGCUGUGCAGUGCAGCGACUUCGCCCUGGCGCAGUUCUGCUACCUGCAGCGCCUGCUGCUCGUCCACGGCCGCUGGGCUUACCUCCGCAUCUGCAAGUUCCUCCGCUACUUCUUCUACAAGACCUUUGCUGGCCUCAUGACCCAGAUCUGGUUUGCUUUUCACAGUGGAUUCACGGCCCAGCCUCUCUAUGAAGGCUGGUUCCUUGCUCUCUACAACGUUUUCUACACCGCUUACCCCGUGCUUUCUGUGGGUCUUCUGGAGCAGGACGUGAGUGCCAAGAAGAGCCUGCGGUUCCCUGAGCUCUACACCAUUGGGCAGCAGGACAAGCUCUUCAAUUAUCGUAUUUUCAGCGUGACGCUCCUGCAUGGUGUCAGCACAUCGCUCACCAGCUUCUACAUCGCGCUCUGGGCCUUUGAGGACCACGUUGGCAGCAGGACUGUGGGGGACUACGAGUCCUUCUCCGUCACGGUGGCCACCUCAGCUUUGUUGUCAGUCCUCGUGGAGAUCAUCCUGGACACCAAGUUCUGGACUGCGUUGUCUUUCCUGAUGGUCACAGCCAGCUUGCUGCUCUUCUGCCUCUUCUCCUUCCUGACCCAGAGCAUCGAUGCCUUCAGGAUCGCCCCCGCUGUCUUCUGUUUUCCAGAUGCCACCCAGAACGCUCUGACCGACCCUUACAUCCUGCUGGUGGUCCUGCUGUCCCUGGUGGUGAACACCAUCCCCUCGCUCACCAUCCGCUCGUACAACGCCAUCACAGGCAACACCAGCAUCCAGCAGAAGAUCUGCUGGAAGGCCAGAAGGGAGCCGGAGCCCUCGGUGGAGCUGCGCACCCACGUCCCCCGUGGCUCCUUCCACCGCCGUUCCACCUAUGCCUUCUCCCAUCAGGAGGGCUACGCUGGCCUCAUCACCCGAGGGGAGAGCCUGCGCACCAAGGGCACCCACAGCACCACCAAGGGCACCCAAGGCACCCACAGCACCACCAAGGGCACUCACAGCACCCACAGCACCACCAAGGGCACCCAAGGCACCCACAGCACCACCAAGGGCACCCACACCAUCACUGACACCCAUACCACCAAUGACACCUGUGCCACCACAGCGCUCCAUUGCCAAGGGACAAACCCCAGCUUGGUUCUCCCCCCAUAG